UUUAAAGAGUCGACUCGUUUGUGUAGUUGCUGGAAACAUGACUGAUAAAUGAACUAUGACAUGAUUAUUAGCUUUUUAAUUUCGUUUCCAACAUGAACGACAUCAUGGAGGAACAGGAGAAGGAACAGGAUAAUCUGGUAGCCGGGUCUCCGUCCAUGAAGGCAGGCAGUAGCAGGAGCAGCAGAACAAAGCCGGCGGUGGAUGGAGGAAACAGAACGGUCGAGAAGAGAGGACCUUACAUAAUGGCCAAAUCUCUAAACAUGAAACUGCAGAAACCCAGAGAGAUGGCCAGGAGAGUGUUUAAGAAGAAAAGCUUUUCCUCCGGUGGAGCAGUCAUGCAGCAGCCCAGGCAUGGAGUUAAGAAUGUGAAGUUCAAUAAAGGAUAUGCAGCUCUCAGCCAGAACGCAGAAGAUCCACUGGUGUCUCUGGACUCGGACAGUGAUGUAGAGCUGGAGUAUUCGUCUGGAUAUUCCUCAGCAGAGAUUCAUCCAGAGCUGAGCCGACAGCUGCUAAAAGACGGAUACCGACUGGACGAGAUCCCAGACGACGAGGAUCUAGACCUCAUUCCUCCCAAAGCCAUGGGUUCCUCCAUCUGCUGCUGCUCCACCGACGGCCCGUCCUGCUGCCUGCAGUGAACUCUCCCGCUGCGCUUUUCCUCUCCACAGCACGCGGCUUUCACUCAGCAGCCAUGCUGCAGGAAGUAACGUCCCGCCUUUUGGGAAGAACACCGUUUCUGAGGCGAGCGCACCUCUUCAUUGUGACAUUAAGCACUAAAACACUGCCGCGGAACGUUCCCGAGUUCCUGCAGUGAUGUCCCUGAUCUCAUGUGUAUCCUGUUUCCUCUACAGACCACCAGAGACGUCCUUAAUUCCACCUUUUUUUUUUUUAAAUUUAAUAAUGCGGCUUUACACAAAGCUCACAACGUCAGGCUCAGAAUAAUAUCCAAGUGAAGCACGCGUACGUCUUCGAAUGAUCUCCGUGUACCACAUCUGUAGCGUACCAAACUUCAGUUCUUGUCUGUCUUACUGUCCCGAGAAGAGACGUUGAUGUUGUGUGAUCUGUGCACUUUCUUAGAACGUUCCUAUAAAUACAGUAUAAAAGCUCCAACUCUGUAUAAUUCAUCAUUUCUGACACGAGGUUACGGUUUCAGAACUGCUGAAAAUGAACGUAGCUCAGAAUAAACCCAGAAGUGCCUCGGUUUUGAUUGGUUAACAAAUCCAACGGCUCCGGUUUAGAUUAUUUAUUUUCGACAACGGGAAAGCUCCAGAUGUGGUGCAGAUUAAUUUAAAAAGGUUAUCUUGGCUUAUUUAAGAGCAACUUUAGGUGAUUAAAGCAACUUUCUAUUCAUCUUAAAGCCAAACCAUGGGCUGUAACUCGUUCUAGUCCGGGCCGGUCCUGUCCUAAACCUGUUCGCACCAACGCACCUGCCAACUUUCACGCGUUUUGCGUAGUGAUGUAUUCCAGGACACUAGAACGAAUUGUCACUUUACGCAAAAAGACCAGCCUUCUUCGAGUUAUAAAGCCGGAGCAAAGAUGUUUAGAACCGUCUCGUAAUUCAGGACGUCCUGGAAGCCCCGCCCCCUUCCCUAUCCUGUCACGUUUGUAAAGUUUUGUUCGGUGCUCAUUUCAUAUCGUACCGUGACCCGAUUUUGACGCUUGAAACAAAAUGUAAGGUAAGCAGAGAAUAUACAGAGUUCAUUAAUGUGAAAUAAUGUUUUUGACCUAGCUAACAUUAGCUCACGUUAUUAGCUGUUAUAUAGUUAGUAAGGUGUUUUUAUAAGGGACGCAGCGAAAUUUCAGGUAUGGAAAUUUUUCAGCUGAAAAAGGUCAAAAACGGAGAACCAGGAGGCGGAGCAGGAUCCGAUCUGAUCUGAUCUGACUCCUCCUCCUAUAAGCCGAUCUCUAACCUCUAACCCCAGACACGUUAAUCCAUGACGUUACCCGCCUCGAAGUAUCUUACGUUUGUUGAGAUUUUUUUUUAUGGGUGUUUUUCUUUCGUGUGAAGCUGAAGAAGUUCUUUCUACUGCCAGCCUGUUUAUCUUGCGCUUCAAACUUUUUACAUUCGUACUGACACUCGGGAUUAACGAGAGACGGCUGACUCGGAGAGAGCAGUAUUUACCUUUUUUUCUUUUGUUUUCUCUUCUCUUUAAGUUUGUAAUUGCAUUUACUUUUCUGAUAUUUAAGGAAUAACACCGAAAAAUAGCUGGAUUUUAUUAUCUUUAAAGCAUUACGAUUGUGGGUGAUUUUUUUUUUUAAUAAUACAUGGUUAGUCAAAAUUAUGUGAACACUUAAAUGGUAGAAACCAUUUAUUCACAAAACGCGCAUCAUAUGUGCAAGAUGAUUUACAGGGCGGUCUCAACCUGUUCGCCAUCGUGUCCAACACACAAAAACCAGCGAGAAAAAGGACCAUUUUAAAUUAAAAUAAGAAGAAUAAAAAUAAUCCAUUAGUGUUCAGAUAAUUUUGACCAACCCUGUGUAUAUAAACUCGCUUCUUGUGUUUCUAAUAGUGAAGCUUUUUGUUUCACUACUCAUGUAAAAGUGCAAUUUUUUUUUUUUAAGAGUGAUGUCUUGCUCUUUUGGAAUUACUGUAUGUUUACAUUUUUUCAGACCCAGAACUUAGCCUUGUCCUGAACUCAUCAGACAAGUCACAAGGAAUGUUUCGGGUUUUUUUUUUUUUUUGGUGUUGGUUAAAGAGACAAUAAGAGAUUGAGAUUCGCCUCUUGGGCAGCAGAUGGCGCUAUAAAUCAAAACUCCUAUUCUUGUACUUGAGUUUACAGAGUUUGUGUGUUGUGAACAGGAGACGGAAGCCUGCGCUACUGAUUUGACCCAUACUGUGCUAACGCCACCGUGUUUCGCAGCACUUUCGAAAAAGAGAAAGAAAGAAACCCUUAUUUGUCACAUGCACAAUGAGAUUCAUCCUCUGCGUUUAACCCGUCUGAAGCAGUGAACGCGUGCACACACACCCAGAGCAGUGGGCAGCCACAUUAGAGCGACCGGGGAGCAGUCAGGGGUUCGGUACCUUGCUCAAGGGCACUUCAGCCCAAGGCCGCCCCAUGUUAACCUUUGGACUUGCAGUUAGGGUUUUUUUUUUUUAGGCUUUACGUGCUUGGAACCUUGUCCGGUCAAGCCCGUGUUCGUGAAACGCACAAUAAUUAAACGCCGCAGUCUGUCUGUUUUAUCUGCGCAUGCAGAUUAGCGCACACGAUUUAUAAAAGCGUUCUCCUGUCAGCCAGAUGACUCCCCGACUAAUGUGUGUGGUGCAGCGGGUGGUGGGAUGCAAAAAGACCAGUGUGUGCUGUGGUUAUAGCAUCAAGGUUCGGACUUCAUCAUCGUGAUGUGGGUUAUAUAUCAAAUUUUGUUUUGGAGUUUGGGUUUGUUUUUUGUAACUAUGAGGGGAGAAAACUAAUAGCCAGGACACAACAUGCGUCCCUGGGCUACAGCAACCCGUGGGGUGGACGGCUGGCUGAUGCAAACCAUCGUGUGCUAACGCCACCAUGCUUCACAGCACUUCCAGUGCUUGGAUCCGUGUGUCACAUCAGCCCCUCGUUUCUGAAACGCACCCGGAAUUUAAUUCAGAUUCAACGUGAAAAGGUUAAGACCUAAAUCGUGGCAGUUUUGUGCACAGGUAUUCACUUCACGGCACGUUAGCGUGAUGCGUUUCGGCUUCACUGAGCUACAGAGUGUAGGAAAAUGAACCAGGACAACAAGGAGCAGCGUUAUCUCUGAUCUCUUAAUUUAAUUUGGAAGGGACGCUGAUAUUUUUUUUCUUUACAUUAUACUGGAAAAUAGAAGUAAUAGAAAGAAAGAAAGAUUUCCGAACGUCCUGUGAAAGGAUGCGUGGGAUUCGGGUCGAGUGUAGUGUUGUCUGUGAAAUGGAAGUUUGUUCAGUACACGUUUGUGUGAAGGGGGGAGAAAGGAAAGGUUAGAUAAUAACUUAUUUCCUGCGUGUCGUUUUGAGCGGGUGAUUGGAGCGCCGAGUGAACGUUUCCUCUCCUUCACUAUGCAACUAAUUGGACAAUCUUUUUAUUCUUCAUCCUCUAAGUAGCAAUUAAUAAAAAUGACUCGGUUCCACACGCAAUAACUAACUUCACUUUGUUUUUGAUGUAAUUAUGGAAAAACUCACUUUUAUUUCACUCACCGUGUAAACAUGUAUAUGUAACGGCUUGCAAUGUUAGAACACACCUGUAUAACAUCUGGCUUUUUACUGUAACUAAGAAGUAUUUGAGAUUAAAAUAUGUUUGAGUUUA